AUGGCAACCGCCCGAGCUGCUGCCCCCGCGACUCUCCUGCUGCUGCUGCUCGCAACCCUGCUGCCCGUACAGUCGGCGCCCGGUAGCAUCGAUGGGCGCGUGGUUGGCGGCGUGGAUGCCACCAAAAAUCAGUUCCCGCACCAGAUCUCUUUGAGGAAUAAUAACUCCCAUAGCUGUGGCGGUUCGAUCGUGUCAAGGAACUUCAUCCUGACCGCCGCCCACUGUGUGACCAAUGAGGAUGCCAACGGACAGUUUGUGGCCGUUGCCGCGAAUCGGCUAACCGUUCGCUCGGGCAGCAACGAUCGCUUCAGCGGCGGAGUGCUCAGCCAGGUGGUUGAGGUGAUCUUCCACGAGGGCUUUGCCAAUCUUCGUAAUGAUAUUGCCCUGCUGCGUCUCGCGGAGCCACUGAUCUACUCGGCCAGCAUCCAACCGAUUUCUCUGCCCACGGAGGACACUCCGGCGGACGUGGACGUCAUCAUUUCUGGCUGGGGCAGGCUCUGGCACCAGGGUGAUCCGGCGCGCUAUCUGCAGUACAACACGCUCAAGUCGCUGUCCCUCGAGGCGUGCGACGAACUAAUCGGCUGGGGUAUCCCCGGUGAGCUGUGCCUCAUCCAUGCGGCCAACAACGGUGCCUGCAAUGGCGACUCCGGUGGCCCGGCCAUGUACAACGGCCAGGUGGUGGGCAUUGCUGGCUUUGUGUGGUCCGCCUGCGGAACAAGCUAUCCGGAUGGAUACACUAGGGUGCACUACUUCAACGACUGGAUUAGGGCAAACUCGGAUGUUCAGUAAAGAGAUGAGGAGGAAGCACGAUAUUUCAUUGAAUAAACGUUGAGGAAAUCGA